UCCCCCUCCUCCCUCCCACCUCCAGCCGCCAGGUCCCUAGCCGCCCGCCAGGCUUGGGCCUGAGUGGCAGAGGCGCCUGCAGCUGCCAAUCCCAAAAAUAUUCUCUGAUGACACAGCUGGAGGACAAGAGCCCAGACUGGCUCCACUGGGCUAAGUAUAGAGCAGGCAGGACCACCUGCCCCCGGCCCUAGCCCCGGUUCUAGCCCCGGCUCCAGCCCUUCCCCCAAGGGCUGGCCGGCCCAGCAGCUGCUUAUUGAAAGGGGCCCCAGAAGGUCUGAGGGGUGGUGCACUGUGUCUCCCUGACAAAUGACACUUUCCGGGGCUGGCCAACUGCAGCUCCCAGGCUCCUGUCCCACCUGAUGUAAACCUCUGGAUAUGUGUGUGUGUGUGUGAGAGAGUGCGUGUGUGUGUGUGCGUGUGUGUGUGUGUGUGUGUGUGUGUAGGAGAAGGGGUUGUAAUGUUUGCUUGUAUGAGUCAGGUCGCUUGGGGUGAAAUCCUCCCCAGCCCUCCCCCACAUCCCUGGCGGGAGUGGGAGAUAAGGCUCAUGGCCACAGACAUCUGCGUCAGAGAUAGGAGGUCUCAAUGCCACGGGCAGGGGCAACUCGGACUGUGGGGCGUGGAAAGGACUGGAGAAGACUGGGGUGGUCACAGCUGCCAAGGGCCGGAGCUGGUCCGGGAGCUUGUUCUGGCCAAGGUGAGGGCCCUGUUCCUGGAUGCCUUGGGGUCCCCCGUGGUGACCAGGGAAGGUGGGGACCCUGGAGUCAGGCGGCUGCUCCGAAGACAUGCCCUGGGGGGCUUCACACGCAGGGGCUCUGAGCCCGAGGAGGAGGAGGAUGUCUCCCAGGCCAUCCUUUUCCCAGCCACAGAUGCCAGCUGUGAGGACAAGCCAACUGCCGGAGGGCUGGCCCAGGAGGCUGAGGAGGGCCUCUUUACAUACAUGUUCCGGCCAUCCCAGCACACACGCAGCCGCCAAGUGACUUCAGCCCAGCUGUGGUUCCACACUGGGCUGGACAGGCAGGGCACAGCAGCCUCCAAUAGCUCUGAGCCCCUGCUAGGCCUGCUGGCACUGUCACCGGCAGGACCCGUGGCUGUGCCCAUGUCUUUGGGCCAUGCACCCCCUCGCUGGGCCGUGCUGCACCUGGCCACCUCCGCUCUCUCACUGCUGACCCACCCCGUCCUGGUGCUGCUGCUGCGCUGUCCCCUCUGUACCUGCUCAGCCCAGCCUGAGGCCACGCCCUUCCUGGUGGCCCACACUCGGACCAGACCACCCAGUGGAGGGGAGAGAGCCCGACGCUCAACUCCCCCGAUGUCCUGGCCUUGGUCUCCCUCUGCUCUGCGCCUGCUGCAGAGGCCUCCGGAGGAACCAGCUGCCCACGCCAACUGCCACAGAGUAGCACUGAACAUCUCCUUCCAGGAGCUGGGUUGGGAACGGUGGAUCGUGUACCCUCCCAGUUUUAUCUUCCACUACUGCCAUGGUGGUUGUGGGCUGCACAUCCCACCAAACCUGCCCCUUCCAGUCCCUGGGGCUCCCCCUACCCCAGCCCAGCCCCCUUCCUUGCUGCCAGGGGCCCAGCCCUGCUGUGCUGCUCUCCCAGGGACCAUGAGGCCCCUACAUGUCCGCACCACCUCGGAUGGAGGAUACUCUUUCAAGUAUGAGACAGUGCCCAACCUUCUCACGCAACACUGUGCUUGUAUCUAAGGGGUCUAAGGGGGGUGGGUCUUCCUUCUUAAUCCCAUGGCUGGUGGCUAAGCCCCCACCAUCAUCAGCUGGGAGGAAAGGCAGAGUUGGGAAAUAGAUGGCUUCCACUCCUCCCUCCUUUCACUUCUCUGCCUAUGGGUUACCCUCCCCAUCCCACUUCUGUCUCAAUAAAGAACACAGUGCAUACAACUUG